AAUUUUUACCGCAACCAAUCGUUAGAGGACCUGGGACGUACCGUCGUUGCCAGUGGAUACAACAGGGGGAGCUUCAAAGAGCUUGUUUACAGAGCCGCGAGAGAUUCUGCUCAGAGGGGUUUGCCCGUGAACGACUGAGCAAAAGCCUCACAGAUGGGAUAACGGAAUUCCGCAGAAACUAGUGCACACACGUUUUUCAUGGCUGACACAGCAUAACAAACUAGAUUAUUUGUAAUGUUUUAACACACGUUACGAGAGACACCACUUGUUUCUUUUUAUUUUUGAGAUUGGCCGCUGCUCAUUUUGGCGGCGCAAACUGAGAAAGCGGGAUAUCUUUAUCCGAUCCUAUCGUGUUCGCCUGGACCAAAGGUGCUGAACGAAAUGGAUAACGAAAAGUACCUCCCAGAGCUCUUGGCAGAGAAGGACUCUCUCGACCCCUCAUUUCAGCAUGCAUUACGGCUCCUCGAUCAAGAAAUCGACAAAGCUAAAAAAGAUGACGACAAUGAAGACGAGAAGUUUAUCGAUGUCGUCGUAAACAAGAACAUGAAGCUUGGACAGAAAGUGUUGAUACCCGUCAAACAAUUCCCAAAAUUCAACUUUGUUGGCAAACUCUUGGGCCCACGUGGGAACUCGUUAAAAAGGCUACAGGAAGACACGCUCACAAAGAUGUCCAUUCUCGGCAAAGGAUCUAUGAGAGACAAAGAGAAGGAAGAGGAGCUACGGAAGAGCGGAGAGGGCAAAUAUCAGCACUUAAACGAGGACCUGCACGUGCUGAUCGAGGUGUUCGCCCCGCCGGCCGAAGCCUACGCCAGGAUGGGCCACGCGCUGGAGGAGAUCAAGAAGUUCCUCAUUCCGGAUUACAAUGAUGAGAUUAGACAGGCCCAGCUGCAAGAGCUCACGUACCUGAAUGGUGGUUCAGAGGAUGCCAAGGUGCCAGCAGUGAGAGGCAAGCCGUCAACGCGGGUACGAGGGACACCUGCUCCUGGACCUCCCAGGACUCGAGGUGGAGUGCCCCCCCCACAGGCGGCAAUGCCCCGUGGCGUAGCUCCCAGAGGCGCCCCUCCAAGCCGAGUGCCAUCCAGCAGAGGAAGAGGGGGGCCAGCGCAGCGGGCACGAGGGGCACCCCCGCCCGCCGGCUACAGACCCCCACCGCCCAUAGUGCAAGACACGUACGGGGAGUAUGAGUAUGACGAUGGGUAUGGGACGGCCUAUGACGAACAGGGAUAUGACGCCUAUGAAACCACCUACAGCACUCAAAGCUCAGACGACUAUUAUGAAUAUGGGCACGGCAUCAGCGGGGAGUCGUAUGAAUCAUACGGUCCGGAAGAGUGGACAAACACCCGCAGCAAGGUCCCCUCAGCACGGACCACCAAAGGAGUAUACCGGGAACAGCCAUAUAUCAGAUACUGAACUGUUUCCCCCCCACCCCCACAACCUGCAGAGACAACAUCACGGGUCACCCCCAAAGUAAUGGAUUUUCUAUGGACUAUCCCCUCCUUUUUAAAAUAAAACACAAAAAGAACACAAAAAUGAACCAAAAUAACACAAAAAACAACCAAACUGGAGAGGAGAGCCACCCUGAUUGUAAACUGAGUUGACGAUGAAAGGCGUUGGAGGAGGAUGACAAAAAUGACCAUUACUUAUUCCCGAGAAGGACUGAGAGGACCGGUAUACGAUUAGAUGAGUAAGCAAGUAAACUCUUGAUUCUUUACAGUAAAUAAUUCUAUGGUUAUCGGGCAAGAUAGAGGGGGGGUUAAUUUCUUUGAAGGUGUUAAUUAUUUAUCCUAGAGAGGUGAGAUCACAUGUACAAUAGAUGAUGUCUUUUUUUUCUCGCCUCGCUAAUGGGUGAUUGGUUUUUAAUGUGUCCCUUGUAAAUUCUACUUUAAUGAAAUAUCUAGAGGAGAAGGAGAAGUGAAAUCAUAAUGCACAUAUUGCUGUGUUCCUUCCGUUUUUUGUAAUUGAAAGUUCUUCAGAAUUAAGGGGCUUAUAGAAGUAUGUCGUGAAAUCAUUGUGCAGAAUUGUUUUUACUUUUGAUUAAUCCAGGAACAAAAAUGGGGGAAAAAAUCCUUACAUGGUGUAAAUGUUUCUGAUUUUGUGUUCAACUUUCUGCCCAUUAAUCAUCCACAUAGUAGGAUCUCUUUUUUCUGUUGUUCCCAGAAGAUAAGUCAUCUACAUAGGCGCUUCAGUAUAUUUUUGUGUCUUCUUAUCCUGACAGAUUCCGUUCUAUCAGGGAUAGAGUAGAAAUGCUGACCCAUAAAAGCAAGCCGAACCACAUUCUGCUAAUCAUCAUUUCCCAUAUAAAUUGUAUAAAAAAAGACAAAAAAUAUCACUGUAAUUCAGGUAAGGCUUUUAGUCCUGAGAUAUAAGUAGGAGUGUUAUCAUUGUGCGCUUGUGUAAGCCCUUUAAUCCUUACUAUUUGGUUGAUGCUAUAAUAAAAAUUUUGAAAGAAUAUCCAUGUGUUUGAGAGGAACCUCUGUUUUUUAAUGCUUAUUCUGAGGAAAAGCACAAUAAUUUAAACUAAUAUAUAACACAUUACUAACUACUUUUUAAAAAGAUUUGGGGAUCUUGUUCCUGUACAUGCAUUUACAUGGUAGGCUUUUAAAGACAAUGUAAAAAUGCUUAAAAUUCAAUAAAAAAAGAAUUUUAACAGCAUGCAAAGCAAUUCCCGCUAAGUUUCUUAAAAAAUGAAAGCAGAAAAGUGGCUGAUAAUGUAGUCGCCCUUUUAUCUACAGCAAUAUGAUUAAUUUAUCUAAUCAAUACUUAAUGCUGCUCAGUAUUACCCAUGUGAUUUAAAUAGACCACCAGUCUAGUUUAAGACUGUAAGUGAUGAGAUAUUUAGAUAGCCCAGAAUGUAUUUUUUCCCAGUCUAUUUUUCACUUGCUUUGAUAUCUGUUAAUGUCUUGUUCUUAGUCAGGCUGAGAUACUCAGAAGGCACACAGCCGAACCAACCCAAUUCUGGCCAUGUUCAGAUAUGGUUUUAUGGUUUCCAUAGCAGUCACAAUUCAGUGUUUAGUAAUGCAGAGGUUCAAAUGCUUUGCAACAUCUCCCUUAAGACUUCUGUAUGUUCUUCUGUAUGCAAUUCUAUGGCAUUAAGAAAUGUCUGCUAUUUGGCCACAGAAAGAGCCAUACCAGUAAUUUCAUGCAUUUUCAGCAGCUAGGAUUUCCACAUAGUCUGAAACGUGUGCUUUUAUUAAGACUGAUGAAGCCAUCAGUGGUCCUAUAACAUUAUAAGACGUCUACAGUACUCAAUGUUAUCUCUUUUAAUGCACCUUUUGAGGUUUGUUUUAUGUUCCUUUUGGAGGACAAAGGGAUUUGGAAGGAGAAGGGGAGGACUUCCAUUUUUCUGUUGUUGUUUUGCUCUCUCUUCCUGCCUGUGGUCAUGUGACCUCUCCCAGUGCUCUAAAGGGCCCCGCCCCCCCUCCCCCCACUCUUAAUGACCCUCGCUGACCUCCGCAGAGAGAGGAUGGCAGUAGCUGUUUAAAAAGACCUCCGUUUGACAAGGUAACCAAACCUAACCCGCUUAACUACACUCUUAAUGAAGCUCUAAUGACAUACAAUAAACAUAAACACCAGUCCAAAUAAGGAAGUGUUACUAAUAAGAUGACUUCAUUACCUCUUGUCUCGUUAAAAGUUUUAAAAAAAAGAAAGAAAGAAGAAGUAGAAAAAAACAACAAGAAAAUAAAACCCCCCUUUUUAUGGUGUGAAUACUGGGGAAUAAUUAGAUGACAUUAAAAGUGGUAAAAAGAA